CUAGUUCACAUACGUCGCUGUCUGUCACAAACUAUUUGCGUCAUCUCCAGAUAUUUGUAGAUGAGAUUUUUAUAAGUGUUUUUGAUGCUGUUUUAAUUUUGUUCAAUUGCGAUUUAUAUAAAUCAAGAAUAAUUCCAAAUUAUAGAGAUGACUCUUGUCGAGGGUGUUGGGGAUGAAGUGACACAUUUUUUUAUUGUUGUGGUCACCUUCCUGAUUGGCUGGCUUGCCUGGUGUUCCACAAGUAUUGCAGAUCAACCAUUAAUACGCACAGUACUUAUCUUGCAACGUCGAACACGCACACGCAUUGCUGAGCUCAGAUCUAAUCAUCAAAAUGUUAGCUCCUUCAAUCGGCCUCCAAACUUGGAGAUAUCAGAGGAAGAAUCAGCAGAACCUAUUAGUGAUGACAAUAGUGACACCACACAAAGUUGUCCUGAACCAUCUGUUGCAGAUACAAAUGCAGGAGUUUCUCCAGAAACACAUAGAACAUCUGAGGCAACUGCUACAGAGGAAGUAUUAAUUGAAGCCAUGGACUCAUAUAAUAAUGAUAGUACAGCAUUGUUACAAAGGCAAACCAAAGUGAACACUACAGAGGAAGCAAAUGUACCAACAUCGACGGGUACUGAUACUGUAGAAUGUUCAGUUGAAAACCUUUCAACAAAUAAUGCAAUUGAAAUUAGCAUAAGACUUAUAUUUAUAAAUGAUGAUCAAAAAGUAGUCACUGGUAGCCUCAAAGAACUGCUUGGGGACUUUAAAAGGAGACAUUUUCAAAUUGAACUCGAAGCACAUAAAUUGGUGCGAUUAAUUUUUAAAGGUCGGGUAUUGCAACCUGACAGUCAAACGUUGGAACAAUGUGGAUUGCACAAUAAUUGUGUAGUUCACUGUCUAGUACACCAGCCUCGACCAAGCCCUGCAUCACCUCAAACUUCGACAUUGAAUAAUUCAUCAUCACUUUACUUUAAUCCUCAGUCAUUUUCGGAUAUACCUGCUGGCACAGGUAUCAGUUCAGUACAUAAUGAGUGGAAUUUGAGUAGACUGUUAGUGAGCAUUUUGACUCUUAUGUUAUGUUUAGCAUGGUAUUCUAGAUACCACUAUGCUCAACUUUUUACCGCAACUACUACGCUUGCAUUGUACGCGCUCACUGCAAUUUUCACGGUUUCUUUGUUCAGUAACUACUUUCCUGACCAAGACAACAUCAGAAAUAUGGAAUAAAUUUGAAUUAGAUAUGUUGAGAAGCACUUUAAGACAUAAUUUUUGUAACAUUAACGGUACCAUCAUU